AUUGUCCAAAACACGUUUCGAGUGAAGCAUGUCACGGCGCAACAAUACCAGAUACAACCUGCAUUUGGUGUGAAACAGCCAAUAUAUGCAUUACCAGCAAUGAUAAGGAUAUUCAUGACUUUAAAGUAAAUGGUUGCAAGAAUAAAAGCUCGACUGUCAACGUUGUCACUGAACCAACAACUCUAGCAACUACUGAAACUGAUUUGAAGAACACUAGUGGAAGCACUGAAUCAGAUUUGGUAAAUACUUGAUAUUUUGUAAUCAUUUUAAUAUUUCGUUCAUUUCAGAACAUGACCACAGAUACAACUGAAGGCAUUGACAAAGGAAAAUCACUGCAAUACGUGUACAUCGUUGUGCCAUUAGUUAUAUCUUUCCUUAUUGUGUGCAUUGGCUGUAGCAUUUGGCUAUGGUUCUACAGAAGGA